AACCGACGCGGAUAAAAAAAACAUCGCAGAUCUGUCGUCGAUGCCGUCGUCGCCUUGGCAACGGAAGUAAACAUUUACGUCGGCUGACCGUUGGUUAUCUGCUGCAGCUAGUGGUGACGGAUGGACAAUAUUAAUUUCAAUUUUAACGAUUUUGCUUGUGAAAUUCUGUUUCCUGUUUUGCUUGUGUAGUGCAAAAAUGUCCUCCGGUUUUAGUUCCGUGUUCAAAAUCAACGGCGUACCGAUUCUUCCUCCGGUGAUGACCGACGAGGUUCGAGCGGAAGUGGCCCGCUAUCGUCAGAUGGCUGUGCAGCUCGAACAGAAGCUUCUGAGUUUGAAAAUUGAUCGGACGAUUGUUGAAGAUGCCGAAAAUGUUUGCUUCAAGGACGCCACAGUCGAUUGCGAUCAACCGAAAGAAGAAGACGAACCAUGUCGGAAGCCGGAGGAUUUCUCCGCCGUUCUCGUUCGAAGAGGUUCGUUCACUUUAGAAGCACCAAGUCCGGGACUGGGAAAGCUGCCACAAACCUCCACAACGCCCCUAAAGGAGAAACAACCGGAGUUGGUUGUCGAUUCGGACGAGGAGGAGUCCCCCAGACCACGAUUGAUCCGUUCCAAUUCGUACACCCUGGACAGUCCGAGCCCACUGCUGAUGAAGCAUCUGCACAAUCAAAGUUUAAACAUCAAGAGUUCCGCCUCGAUGGGGGAAAUCGAAACCGGCACGGGCAAAUCCCACGUGAAGAAACUGGAUUUUGGCGGUGGGGGUGAAGCAGUGGCCAAGAAAGCUGCCAAGACUGCCCAUCAGGGAGCCAAACCGAAAUGGGUGUCCACCAAAAAGGUUUCACCGAAACCGCUGAGUCCGGUCAAGAAGUAUAAAAGCCCUUAUGAGUCGACGGCGAAGGCGUUAGCUGCUGCUAACAAGAAGAAGCCUAAACAACGGGAACACUCUUUGGAAAGUCCGCUGAAGAGACCGAGCAAACCAGCGGAAUCGACGCCCCUAAGCGAUUGCCAGCAGCGAAUGAAGGAAAUGCAAGCCGAGCACGAACGGCGGGUAAAGGAGUUGCUCAAGCGGCAGGAAGAAGAGCAACUCAAGUUGCAGGAAAGCUUUCGCCAACAGCAGGAAGAGCUCAUGAAGAUGCUCCCGAUGCCCUUGCUAGACCAAAUCCACACCUCGACCCCGUUACUCACGAGCCCGGAUGAAUCGACAGUCGGGGAAGAAGAAGGAGGAGAUGCGGCCAAGCCGUCUUUUAGGACGUUGAACAUCAGCUCGAAGGAUUUCGUUAACAACAAUGAGUCCCAGUCCAGCAUUGGGCAUGCUUCGUCCUCGAGGCAUACCGUCGUGUCUUCCGAUGCCAGUCGAACCAGUUUGGAUUUGGAAAAUUCCGACGAACUGUAUCGAACAUGUGAGAACAAUGUGCUCAGUCGUCGGGCGUCGGCCGGAGGUGAACCAAGUGUUUUGUCCAGCUCUUCCCGGGAUGCCAACGGCAAUGGCCCAUACGAUGACGUCCGUAACUACCUAGAAACCAUUGGCCAAUCUCUACAGGAUGACGAUCUUAAACAGUUGUCCCGACUGGACACCAACGAUCGUCCUUCGUACGACCAACAGACCCGCAUUCGCCACCAGGCGGCCAGUUUGAUCAAUGCCUACGCUCGAGGUUAUCUCACCAGAAGGCUCUUUCAAACCGGCCAUGUGCAGAAAAUGGUUCAGGUCAUUCGUGACACGUUGCUUUUCAUACUGGAUCUUCACCACGAACGGCACUCGGCUCGUCAACAAGUCCGAAGUCCGGCAGAUGUUCAGCUGAAGCGCACUCUCCUGCAGCAACUCACAUCGGCAUGCUACCAGCUGCACGAGGUAUUCUUCGAAACCACCGUUCCGCAACGGAUGGCCAUCAUUCGGCGGGAUCGAGAUGCGUUGCGAAGGAAGUUGGAGAAUCGUCCCCGGACGGCCGGCUCAGUAGGAUCGACCGUGUCCAGUCGCUCUUCGGUCAGCAGCAGCAGUACCGCCACUGCGGCCAGGAAGCAAACGAACGCUUAUCGGAAGCUGCAGAUGUGUUCAUUAUAUUCAGUAAAUAUUGAAGGUGAACCCUCGAACGCGGAAGAAACUGCCACCAAUGAGGGGAGCAUGAACGGAUCAAUGCACGACGUUGACCCCGUUCUUCCGAAACCAAGGGAGUACCUCUGCAAUAGUGCUCCCCCCAGCCGAAGUUCUCUGCAUUCAUCAUCGUCAACUCGACGUAACUCGCCUGCACCCAGUCUGUCGGCUACGGUUGUCUCCCGACUUGUGCACCAGAUGAAGCAAGCCAUUGCACCCCAACAACAACAACAACAACACCAACAAUACUGCCAAGAAGAAAUCAACAAGCUGAAGCUCCUCCGUCCCAAGACAUCGGAAGCAGCCUUGAUUGGAGCCAGUGCCUAUCAGCGUCGUACACAUUGGGACCAAAAAUAUUUCUAAGCUUUUCACAUUUAUUAGAAUAAGACACCGUGCUAAUAUGCUAGAUAUGCGAAUUUAUUUUCUAUGAAAAUUUAAAUACACUUGUGCCUCGUUAUUUCAGACUUCAACAGUUACGGAUAUCGAUAAAUUCAUAAGAUUCUCACGGGGUGUUACAGUA